UAUUUAUUUUUUUGAACGGCAACGUUACUUGAUAAGAAAUGUAAAAAUAUUGUGGGGAGCCUUUGCUUCGCCCCUGAAAUCUGACUAAAGUGGUUCGGUCAGUUGCCCCAUAAAUUAUGCAGACACUCCAAAUUUUUCUUCUACUUUCUGUCACUCUGGGUUUUGUUGAAGUUGGGUACAGUGAUGGAGGGUUUUGUUCUGCACGUUCAGUCUUGGAUAGCGAAACGAGUUCUAAACCUUUGUACUGGAAAGUCACAAACCCAACACUAUCGCCUUCUCAUCUGCAAGACUUGCCUGGUUUCACACGCAGUGUAUACAAAAGAGACCAUGCUUUAAUCACACCUGAAAGUCAUGUAUUCAGUCCUUUACCGGACUGGACAAACACGUUGGGAGCUUAUUUAAUCACACCAGCAAUGGGCUCACACUUUGUGAUGUACCUAGCAAAUAUGCAAGGAAAUUCCAGAUCAGGGCUUCCCCCACAUGAUGUGGAGAGGUUCAUAUUUGUAGUUAAAGGUACUGUGACACUCACUAAUGGAUCUGGUUUUAGCAACGAACUGAUGGUGGAUUCAUAUGCUUAUCUACCUCCUAAUUUUGAACAUUCACUGAGGGCUGAUAAAUCUUCUACUAUAGUGGUGUUUGAGCGAAGGUAUGCAGCGUCAGAAAAUCAUAUAGCUGAGCAGAUAAUCGGUUCAACAGACAAGCAGCCGCUUCUUGAAUCUCCUGGGGAGGUUUUUCAGCUGAGGAAGCUUCUUCCUGCAUCGAUGCCUUAUGACUUUAAUAUCCAUAUCAUGGAUUUUCAGCCUGGAGAGUUCCUGAAUGUGAAGGAAGUCCAUUAUAAUCAGCAUGGUUUGUUGCUUUUAGAGGGACAGGGUAUCUAUCGCUUGGGUGAUAACUGGUACCCAGUUCAAGCUGGUGAUGCCAUUUGGAUGUCACCAUUUGUGCCACAAUGGUAUGCUGCGCUAGGCAAAACCAGGACCCGAUAUCUGCUUUACAAAGAUGUAAAUAGGAAUCCACUGUAAUCAAAUGCAGGGUGGAGUGUCCUAAGAAUUUCAGUGUGUGGUGGAUGCUGAUGGAAACUAUUUAUGUGAAGCACAAUCUCAGUUUGAAUGGCCUGUAAGCAUUUCCUGUUAUAUACUUGACAGUCAACUUGCAACAGUCUAUGCAAUUAAGAUUUUAGAAGAUGCAACUUACUGGACAUGUUUCCUAAAUGGAUUUCUCCAACAUUUUUCA